AUGAGCAGGCCAGGAGAUUGGAACUGCAGGUCAUGCCAGCACCUCAACUUCCAAAGGAGGGACUCCUGCCAACGUUGUGGGGAAUCUCGGUCAGGUGACUUUGGUGGCUACGGUGGGAGGGGUGGCUCCUCGUUUGGGUUCACCACUGGCUCGGAUGUUCGACCUGGCGACUGGUACUGCACUGCUGGAAACUGUGGCACCCACAAUUUUGCUAGCCGUUCCAACUGCUUCAAAUGUGGUGCAUUCAAGGAUGACUCUGCUGGAGGUUUUGACUGUGACAUCCCACGUUCAAGAGGAUUUGGGGGUAAUCGAUCCUCAUGGAAAUCUGGCGACUGGAUUUGUACCAGGUCAGGAUGCAAUGAGCACAAUUUUGCUAGCCGGAUGGAAUGUUUCAAAUGCAGUGCCCCAAGGGACUUUAACAAUAGAACUUCAUACUAA